AUGGACCCCCUGCUCAUUACAGUCACGGGGCUCUGCUUUGUGUUCUUAUCCGUGGGGUUGAGCUGGUACUUUUCUCCGGACCUCCUAGCCCACGUGCCACGCCCGGUUCUUGUCCUCUUCGCAGUCCUCCUGUUCCUCUACCAGACGUUUGAUGCAGUGGACGGGAAGCAGGCCCGGCGCACGGGCGCAUCUAGCCCUCUGGGCGAGCUCAUGGAUCACAGCUGCGAUGCUGUGUGCUGCACGCUGGAGGUGCUGCCAUUUGCAGCAGCGGGCAUGAUGGGGUCGCACGCGCCUCUCUUCUGGCUUGUCUCAUCCUCCACGUUCUUCUUUGCCAGUUGGGAAACCUUCUUCACGCACUCCCUCGUGCUGCCCAUUGUGAACGGCCCCACAGAAGGCCUGCUCACUCUCUGCGGCUUCUUUCUCUUCACGGCGUACAAGGGUCAGGACUGGUGGGGAGUUCCCCUAUUCCCGCCAUCCAGCACCAUCCACAUGCACACGCACCUGCCACUCCUCCAACGCAUCGCCUCGCUGUCCCGUCUGGACCUGCUUCUGCUCGUGCAGUUCCCUCUAUUCGUCUUCCCCACGGCUGUGAGCAAUUUGACAACGGUGCUGAGAGCAGUGAGGUCUGGGGAGAAGGAGAGGCGCAAAGCAGGGCAAGCAGUGCCCUUUGCCGACACCACACUCUUUGCUGCCCUGCUGCUAGUCCCAUAUUUCGCCCUAGCAAGCUUCACAGUUGCUUGGGCAGUAAUGUCUCCUUCAGCCGUUAUUCCCAAUCACUCGCACUUCUUCUUUCUCGCCCUCUGCUUCUCCUUCGCUCUUAUCGUGGGCCGAAUGAUACUCGCGCACCUCACCAGGGAGAGUGAAGGGCUACUAGCAGGCAUGAUGCAGCCUCUUUUCUUCCUCACCAUAGCACUCGUUAAUGCGGCCUGGCCCCACUUCACCAAAAGCACCGCGUCUCCUGGGCCCCUUCAAACCCCUCUUCCGGAGUUUCCAUUGCUGCUGCUGUAUGCUGCACACACAGGUUAUCUUUACGCCCACUUUGCAGUCGGGGUGUGUUACGACAUUUGUAACACACUUGGCAUCUACACCUUCCAAGUGGGAUUCUUCAAAAGGGCCCACUGUUCUCAAUCCUCAAUUGAGAUCUGUACGUGA